UAAAAGAUCUCUCCGAGCCAGCUCACGUGUUUGAUGUGGCCACAAUGCAAGAAGUUCUUCAAGAAUGUGUGAGCAGCGGCCGUUCACAUUUGCUUUUCUUCAGUAAUGAAGACGUGUCCAUAUAUAAAUAUUUUUCUACUCCCCUAUUUUCUGUUGGCAAACUGGUACUGAAGCCAUUCAAAGAGAAGGGAUCUCAGUAUUCCUCGACAGACACACUGGUUUUUCAUGUUGUCAAAGGCAGACUUCUUUUCACUUUGUAUGGUCAAUCUUAUUCUCUGUGUGCUGGAAAUUAUUUCUACGUUCCAGCUGGGAAUAUAUACAACAUACAGAAUAUCUUGAAUGAAGAAUGCAUUGUGGUCUUCACACAGAUAAAAGGAAACAGGCCAGAAGAUGAAUAGGAUAUCCUC